AUAUUCUAGAUCCAGUAGAGCAAAUGAAAAUGCUGAUGAAGUUGAAUCUGAAAGCCAAAGGAGCCACUCAAGGGGUCAUAGGUAUCGACAUUACAGCAGAUCAAGAUCCCGCAGUCCCCGACAUCGGCGAUAUUCCAGAAGCCGAAGCAGGAGCCGUUCCUAUUCUCCAAGGCGUUCAUAUUCUCCUCAAUAUAGCCCACGCCAUUCAUACUAUGAUGAUCGUUACUAUAGGUAUGGGGGUAAAAGUCGAUAUUCUUCCAGGUACAACCGUUCUCCAAUGUCCAGCCGAAGACGGCAUAUUGGAAACAGGGACAAUCCUGAACCUAGCAGAUGUUUGGGUGUUUUUGGUUUAAGUCUGUACACACAGGAACGAGAGUUAAGAGAUGUAUUUGGAAAAUAUGGUCCUAUUGAAGACGUUCAAGUAGUAUACGACGCUCAGAGUGGAAGAUCUAGGGGAUUUGCUUUUGUGUAUUUUGAAGAUACCGAAGAUGCUAAAAUGGCCAAAGAAAGAUGCAAUGGACAAGAAAUUGAUGGACGUAAGAUACGUGUUGACUAUUCAAUUACUAAACGAGCUCAUACUCCAACGCCUGGAAUAUAUAUGGGGAAACCAACCUAG